UCUGUCCGAUUCAGUCCCCGUCUAGAUCCCAAAUCAAAGCUAAGCUGGAGGGAGAAGACGGAGAAGAGACUCACAAAAUCAGAGGAGGCAGCUAGACGAAGAAGACGCCCUCUGCGAUCUCAAAUACACACACUCAAUUGCCUCCCAUUGCAGAACAAUUGCUAUUGAGCUUCUGUAAUAUUGAUUCCUUGAGGGUUUAAUCAGCCACAAUCCAUUGGAAUUAGGAGUUUUUGUUCACCGUUACAAUUUACAAACAGACUUAUGGGUUUGAAUUGAUUGUGAGGGUUUCUACUUCAUGUUUUACGAACCUUCUUGAGCAUGGAUUCUCAGCCUUCCCAAUCGGGAAGGUUUUUCGACCAAUAUAGCACUAGCUGCAAUAGUUUUCAGAAAAGCUCUAGUUUUGGUCGAAAUGACCCUCCUUUGUCUAAAUCGAUCUCAGAUGUUAGUGCCAAUAACCAAAGCUUAGCUUCAAUACUUAAUAAUCCUCAUGGUGGAAAGUCUGGCGUUUAUGGUUCGGAUGCUUCAUGGGUUGGAUGGUUUUCUUCUUCGACUGCUGUUUCUGUGCCAGAAUUUGCUCCUUUAUCUGGAUCAGCAAAUAAGCCUGGCUCCGAAGUCGGCCGAAUUGAUUUCCAGCCAUAUUUGGCUACGAUUUCUGAAUCUCACAGUCGAUUUGCUGAUAUUCAGGAACAUAGGAGUAAAGAGUAUCUUGAUUUUGAGACCAGUGGAGGUCCGGGAGAAGCUCUGGUUGCUUGCUUGAGGGAGGUACCAGCAUUGUAUUUCAAGGAGGACUUUGCAUUGGAGGAUGGAGCGACAUUUGGAGCUGCAUGUCCAUUCUCAACUGUAUCAGAGAAUGUUGUGUUGCAGGAAAAGCUGUCCCAACAUCUGGAUGUGGUUGAGUUUCACUUGGUGAAGGAGAUCGCUUUGAGGUCUAAUUCCUUUUUUGAGGCGCAGGGGCAGUUGCAAGAUCUAAAUAUGAAAAUAGUGGAAGGUUGCACUCGAAUUAGGGGAUUAAAGGAGACAAUAAGGCUCUUGGAUGCAGCUUUGGUAGCUUCGGCACAGCGUAUCCAGGAGUUCAAUGCCAUGAGAAAUAACUUUGUGGCUUUGCAUCAGAAAUUGUGUCUAAUCUUAUAUGUCAAUCAAGCUCUUUCAACAUUGAAACUGCUUGUUGGAUCUGCAGACUGUGCUGGAGCUUUAGAUGUCACUGAUGAUUUGAAGCAGUUGCUGGAUGGUGACGAGUUGACUGGCCUUCAUUGUUUUCGUCACCUUCGCGAUCAUGUAGCAACUUCAAUGGAUUCCAUAAACACUAUUCUUUCAGCAGAAUUUAUUCAUACAGCUAUAUCUGGUUCCGGGAAUAAGGAUGUUCUCAUACUAUCAAAAGCAAAAGCAGGGGCAAGUGUACCUACAAAUAGAAAACUUGAAGUUGUGUUGGAUGAAGAAGAGUUGUCCAACUUCAGUGACUGCCUUCUUCCUCAUAUAAUUGGAUUGCUAAGAACAGGCAGAAUCCCCCAUGUAUUGAGAAUAUAUCGUGAUACACUUACAGCUGAUAUGAAAAAUUCCAUCAAGACAGCAGUUGCAGAACUUCUUCCUUUUCUUCUUGCUCGACCUUUUGACCCUGAUGUAACAGCUGGAGAACGAGUAGGAGAUACAGAUGGUGGAGGCUCAUCCCUAGCAAGCAAGCUAAAAAGUCUGUCAUCUGAAAGCUUUGUUAUUCUUUUGGGGGCAAUUUUCUCUAUUGUGCAGAUACACUUGGUUAGGGCUGCUGAAGUAAAGAAGUCUAUAGAAUGGAUUAUGAGUAACCUUAAUGCAAAUGAUACAAUUGCUGUUGGGGCAGCAGCAGCAGAGAAUACAGCUGGUCAAGAUAGUUCAUUGCUGCUGAGGUCUUCUCCAAACAAUGCAACUAAUGUAUCGUCUCUUCAGGGGAGGACCAGCCACCUAACUAGUUCACCCAGCAUUUCUAAAAAUUUCAGAGCUGAUGUACUGCGGGAAAACACUGAAGCAGUGUUCGCAGCCUGUGAUGCUGCUCAUGGAAGAUGGGCCAAGCUUAUCGGGGUCCGUGCAACUGUUCAUCCAAAGUUGAGACUAGUGGAGUUCAUAAACCUUUAUAACAUCACCCAGGAAUUUAUUACUAUGACUGAGAAGAUUGGUGGGAGGUUGGGUUAUAGCAUACGUGGGACACUGCAGUCACAGGCAAAGGCUUUCGUUGAUUCUCAGCAUGAAUCUCGGAUGUCAAAAAUCAGGGCAGUGCUCGAUCAGGAAAAAUGGACUGAAGUGGAGGGAAUUCCUGAUGAAUUUCAGGUGCUUGUAAAUUCACUGCUCUCUUCAGAGGCUUUAGACAUUGAGCAUUCAGAUGAUGCUGAAGAUAGUUUUGCAACAAGUAAUGGAGAGGUAGUCGAUGUAAAGGGUGCCCCUGUCAGGACUGCUUCUGGCUCACUAAGUUCUGACCAGCAUAAUGACCAAGCCCAGUCCGUAUCGACCUCUUCAGAUGGUUGUACACAGGUGCAAUCUCCACCUUCCGAGGCUGCUUCUGGUGACAUCCAAACCAAUGCCGGUAUGUCUUCCCCUCAAAAGAGCAGUAUUACGGUUGAACAAGGCAAGGCACUUUCAUUCAAAGGCCUUAAUUAUCACUUGGUAAACAGUGUAUUGAUUUUGCUGAAGACGUUGUCAGAAUAUGUUGACAUGAACAACUGCUUGCCAGCACUCUCUUCAGAAGUUGUUCACCGGGCUGUUGAAAUCUUAAAAUUUUUCAAUACAAGGACUUGUCAGCUUGUUCUUGGUGCUGGUGCCAUGCAGGUGUCUGGUCUGAAAUCAAUUAAUUCGAAGCACUUGGCACUUGCAAGUCAGGCCAUCAGUUUUAUACAUGCUGUUAUUCCUGAAAUCAGGAGAGUGCUUUUAAUCAAAGUACCUGAUACACGGAAGGCUUUGCUGCUACCAGAGAUUGAUCGUGUAGAACAGGACUAUAAAGUUCACAGAGAUGAGAUACACACAAAACUGGUACAAAUAAUGAGAGAAAGGUUGUUGGCACAUCUUCGUGGUUUGCCCCAAAUUAUUGAAGGUUGGAAUAGGCCUGAGGAUGUUGAGUCACAACCUAGUCAAUUUGCUCGGUCCCUGACGAAGGAGGUUGGCUUUCUUCAGCGAGUAUUGUCCCGGUAUCUGCAUGAAGCAGACGUUCAAGCAAUUUUCAGGCAAGUAGUUACGAUUUUCCAUUCUCAAAUUUCAGAAGCAUUUUCCAACUUAGAUAUCAGCACUCCACAAGCCAACAAAAGGCUGCAUACCGACAUUCAACACAUUCUUGGAUGUAUUAGAUCACUGCCUUGUGAUCAUUUGAGCAAAUCAAACACCCUUAAUUAUGGGCAACUUGAUGAGUUACUGGCCAAGAGAUUUGGUUCUGAAGCUGCUUGAUAAGUCAUUUGCAUGUAGCAUCUUGAGAUUUUUUUUCCCAAAGAGUAAUCAGAUUCACUUGGAACUAAUCCAAUUCCUUAAGAGACAUCCAAUUGGUGAACUUCAUGUUAAGGAAGCAAUACCAGAUGAGAUCUACUUUAGGGGUAUUUCAGACUUAGACCAAAAUAGGCAUUAUAAUCCCCCCUUAAACGCAUUUAUUUUCAAGCUUUAUGUAAAGAAAAAAAAAAGGAACAAGGGGUGAGAACAUAUAGAAGCUUAAGUCGAGAUUUAUAUUUCCAUGAUUUGGAUUAGAUCCUUAAGUUGUGACAUCUCAUUGUUUUCCUUUUGCAGGGAAUGCAGUUUGUUUUGUGCCUGAGACCUUUUUUUUUUCUUUUUGGGUUGUAGCCUUACCCAAAUUUUUUAGUAAUGCAUAUAAUAACCCAUUUGUAUGGACAGAAUAUGUGCCAUAAGUUUGCUCGGCUCUCCACAGUCAAGUUUGAUAUAGUUUUUGCGGGUUUUUACUGAUGUGGAAGAAGCCAUUGAAGAAGAACAAGGGAAGAGAAAAGAUGUUGUUAACUUUGGAGCUCCCAAAGUUUUUCUUUGCUUACAACUUUAAUGGUUGCUAACAAGUUUAUCGUUACACUACA